AUGUCGAACAGCGAAGGGUGCGAGCGUCUCACCACCAUCCCUGGUGCGUGCCCGACGCCGCUAGAGCUGGGCGUGUCAGGGUGGAACAUCCUUCACUCCUCGGCCGCUGUCUACCCGUACAAACCGUCCGCCGUGCAACAGACAGCGAUGAAGAACUUCAUCGAGUCGUGGGCGCACGUGUACGCGUGCAGCUGGUGUGCUUACCACAUGCGAGAGUACGUGCACAACCACCCUCCAGACGUUCGCGACAAGCUCACCGCAUCACGCUACGUGUGUGAGAUGCACAACGAGGUGAAUGAGCGGCUCGGCAAAGAUGCCUUCGAUUGCUCCCCUGACGUGGUACUGCGUCGGUGGCACCCUGGGUACCCAAAUAAGAUGGAAGACAAGCCAACGAUCGAGGAGCAGCUGGCAGCGUCGGAACGGGAAAAGUCCACAGCAAAGGAGGCGAAGCGCCGUCAGCAAGAGGAAGAACGGCGCAUCAGUGAGUUAGGGCUGCACACCCGCGAGGCGGCCCCAAAAGACGGUGCAGCCUGGCGGGACGCGAGUGAGGCAGCAUCAAAGAAAGCGGGUGGCGGCUUGUGGAGCUGGUGGCUCUCUGGCAAACCGGCCUUAAGCACACCUGCAGCCAAGAGCAACGCACCGCCAGGCUCAAACUCGUCAGCUCCGCCUCCGACUACGCAACACUGGCAGAGCACCUCCACCUCAGGUGCACUCACGACGCCACCGACAGGUGCGCUGGCGUCCGCCGCUGCUGACGUCGCCAACGUUGGUGCUACUCCUCCCCGCCAUGGCUGGGCUACCUCCCUCUCGGAGGUGCAUGAGAGCUCUGUGAUGCCCACCCCGUCGCGCGGCAAGGCUGCCAAUGACGUCACCGACAUCGAUGCCGUUCUCGAGCGGCUAAAGCGGUGUCAAGUGUACUGCCCAGAGGACGAAGAACUCAAGCACUAG